AUCUCUGAUUCAUCUACUCGAAAUACUCCAAUGUUGACAAGUGAGAUAACGGUGGGUCGGCACGCAUCAUCAUCUGGCACUUGCAACCCUUCCACCACUGACAAUUCCACCGUAUACGUUCGUGCAGGUCGUCGAGUCGGUCGAGUGCGAGCGAUGAAUACUCGCCGCGCGAGGAAGCGCAGCAGCUGAUUGAGUGCGCGCGAUCGGUCAGUCGACGCGACCUAACCUCAAAGCGACAUGGUGAUCUCGCACGUACUCGUACUGCUUGCCGGCCUCUGGGCUACCGGGGCGGGUAAUGACGCGUACAACGACUUCUUCGACGAGGAAUUAAUGCUGAAGCCUAUGCCGAGUAAUCAUGUCUACGCCUACUUCCAAUUUACCACGAUAUGGGAGACGGCGAACCAUGUAGCAACACUUCAGCAUUCGCAUCUCUUCCCGAGGGGAUUGGGUGAGAUAAUAGGCCGGCAUAGUGUCGACGAGCUGCACGUCACCCUGACGGAAGGCUUGUGGAAUUAUCAAAAGUGGGGAUAUCCUUUCCACGACGCUGGACCCGGUGCUGAGGUCACUGCCUGGUUUAACAGGGAUAUAACAAACAUAGACGAGGAAUGGAGAGGUCUGACGAACGCCUUAGCUGGCUUAUUCUGUGCGUCCCUGAAUUUCGUUGACGCCUCCAAUAGUAUGUCGCCGGAGUUCACCUUCCGUCCCACUGGCGUUACAGAUGGGCCAGUGAAUUCUAGUCAGUUGCGUUACUCGUCAUUGCCAAGGGAGAUAGUUUGUACCGAGAAUCUAACGCCAUUUAAGAAGCUGUUGCCUUGCGACUCCAAGAGAGGUCUGGCUACGUUGUUAAAUUCCGCGCACAUUCACAAUACCAAUUAUCACUCGAUUGGAAUACAUUUUCGGUCGAUAUGUCGCGAUGCAACGUGCACAAGGACAUCUUUAGAACUGCGACAGACUGUCUCUCUGAUAUACGAUACAAUGACGGAUGCGAAUCAGGACUGGUCGAUACGAAAAUUUUUUGGUAUGGGUCUUAAAGGCGCAUGUCCACUUGCAACGUUAAGCAAUAUUUAUGUGGAGAUAUCGGGCAACAGUACGGAUCACGUAUACGAAUUGACGCCACCACCGAGUGCGAAAGUUGUUAGCUUGCGUGGUGGACAACAAAAUGAAAUUGCGGUCUAUGACAUCAGGGCUCAUAGCAGUAAAGGAAUGUUCAAUAUUGCUGCGGUGCAUAGUGCGCCAAAGAAUAACGCAAUAAAUUAUCCUUCGAUCCUCUACGCUAAUAGAUAUAUCAUCGGUUAUGGCCAAGAAAGAGGCAGUUUAGUGACUAAACUGUAUAACAAUCACUGGCAGGCGAUAGAUGUAAUCUUAUUGGAAAAUAUUCCGUGGUACUUGCUAGUUUACUUACAUUCCAUUACGAUAACCUGCAAUGAGCAACAAGUUCGUCCACUGGCGCAACGUUAUUUACCUGGAAGGGAGAGGAAAAGUCCGUACUAUUUAGAAUUAAUCCUGCGCCUGCCGCCGCACUCGGUAACGAAAAUCACCAUCGAUAUGGAUUACUUAUUCCUCAAAUGGCAGGAAUAUCCGCCGGACGCUAAUCACGGUUUUUACAUGGGACCAGCUAUAGUUACAGCCUUAUUACCCAUAGCUAGAAAUUACACUGCUCUGCCGCUCGAUGGAAGUACAAUUACUUCAAGUUUUAACGCUUCGAGGGAUGAUUAUCUAGUACAAUUACGGACCGAGUCCUUGCUUAUCAGUCUUCCGACUCCUGACUUCAGUAUGCCUUACAACGUUAUAUGUCUUGCCUGUACAGCUGUCGCGUUAGCAUUCGGCCCACUUCACAACAUUUCCACGAAACGACUGGUUUUAAAACGCAUCGAAAAGGACUGGAAAGGUAAAGUGUUCUCCUUUUUCUUAGGAAAGAUAUUCGGAGCAAAGAAAAAACAAGAAUAAAGACUGUAAACAAAUGCAUGUAUUCUAAAACGCAUCUCUGAAUUGUAUCUCUCUUGCGAAUAAAUAUAUUCACGUAUUUCCCAUGCA